AUGCUCAAGAUCUACAACUCCCAGACACGCCAAAAAGAGGAAUUCAUUCCCCUCGAUCGGGAAUCCGGACGGGUGGGCAUGUACUACUGUGGCCCGACGGUUUACGACAGCUUGCACCUCGGCCAUGCGCGGGCCGCUAUCGUGCCCGACAUGGUCCGCCGAUAUAUCGAGCACAAAGGCUAUGUGGUCCGCUACGUGGCCAAUUUCACCGACGUCGACGACAAGAUCAUCAAGCGGGCGAUUCGGGAGAAUCGCAAUUGGCGCGAGAUCACCGUGACUUACAUGGACGAAUACCAACGUCUGAUGGCGGCGGUCGGCAAUCGUCCCGUGGACGUGCAUCCCCGGGCCACGGACCAUGUGCCCGAAAUGCUCGAUCUGGUACAGCGGCUGUUGGACACCGACAACGCCUAUGUGGCGAGCAACGGUGAUGUCUACUUCGACACCCACUCCUUCGAUCGGUAUCUGGCCCUUUCGAACCGCAACCUUGAGGACCAAGAAUCCGGGCGGUCCGGCCGUUUGAGCGAGGAUGAGCUGUCGGUGAAGAAGAAUUCAGCGGAUUUCAUUCUGUGGAAGCUACUGACCAACGACUCCGAAGAUUUCCGAGCCCACCCAGAGCACGUUCCCGGUUGGGAUUCACCUUGGGGCCGGGGUCGGCCGGGAUGGCAUUUGGAGUGCUCGGCCCUCUCGCGCCACUACCUGGGCAUGCCCUUCGACAUCCACGGUGGGGGUCAGGAUCUACUCUUCCCGCAUCACGAGAACGAAAAGGCUCAAAACGAUUGCGCCUAUUGCGACGAGCUGUCCGGUGGCGACUCCGUGCGCUAUUGGAUCCACAACGGUUUCAUCACCGUGAAGGUGGAAACCGAGCAAGAAGCCGAGGACGAGCACACCGUCGAUGGACAGUCGAAGAUGUCGAAAUCCCUGGGCAACGUGAAGUGGCUGAAGGACAUGAUCUGGCCCGACGGUCCCUUCGACCCGAUGGUCGUCCGCAUGCUCAUGUUGCAAAGCCACUAUCGCUCGCCGCUUCAGUUUUCUACCGAUCUCAUGGAUCAAAGCCAAGCCCGAGUGGAACGCAUCUACUCGACG